UACAGUUGGAAAUGUUCAUUCUCCAUCCACCAACAUGGGAACAUCCGUACCAACUUACAGAACCAUUGUCAAUGAUUGUGGGUCAUCAUCACUUAGCUGUGCACAGGGAGCUAACACGACCACCACCACUGCCAGCACGGCUACCCCCAACAGCAGCAGUCAAGCACCCCAAAGCAAAUAUGCUGAACUUCUUAAUAUAAUAGAAGAACUGGGUAAAGAGAUUAGACCUACAUAUGCAGGAAGUAAAAGUGCCAUGGAAAGAUUGAAGCGAGGCAUCAUUCAUGCCAGAGGGUUGGUGAGAGAAUGCUUGGCUGAGACUGAACGGAAUGCAAGGUCCUAGCAUGGCGAUUUUUCUGUACUUACUCGUGACCUUUAAACAAAGGAAAGAUGGUUCUUGUGCUGCUGUUCAUUCAACCUUUUUUCUUACCAGCACCAUGAAGCUUUAACUGUUUUAUUGGAAACAUAAUGAAAGUUAUUGUUUACAGAAUGGACUAAAAUAUGAGCUAAUUUUUCUGUACAUCAUUUUUAUAUCUUUUUUUUUUUAGUUCAUUGAUUUGCAUGAGUUCUGAAUAAUGCUUUGUGGAUGUUCUUUUUCUUUGGUUAUAAAACUGCAUGGCUGUAUGCUAGUCCCCUUUCUCAAUCAUGCUUUUUAAGUUUUAAAGCAUUCAGAUGGACAUUUCUCCUAGACAUUGCAUAUUAGGACUGGGUAACCCAUUGCAAUAAAGCUGUUACUGACAUCUUUGUAUGUAUUUAUUACUUGAUGUAAUAAAAAUUAUUUUCAUUAA